UCUGUUUUGAAAACGCAGCGUGUUUAUUCGUAAAUUCGCGUCCACUGUUCAGCACACGUGCAUUCAGUUGUAAAAAUUAAAAUCCUCGUUUCUAGUUAAAAAUAGUUACAUUUCCAGAAAAAUGGUGCAAAAGAGUAAGAAAUUCAAACAGAGAUACAGGCCGCCCACAUCCAGUGGGCCGAAAACGCUUCCGGAAGCUUCUUGGAAGCAUGUGAAACUGAGCGGGCCGGUGAUCUCCGACGACGGCGGGGAUUUGGCCGGGCUGAUCGGGUUGGAAAUCCUGGAGAACUACGACCGGGCGCUGGUGACAAAGGACAAGAAGAAGAAGCUGAAAAAAGAGGAAGAUGUACCUGAGAAAUCGCGUCCGAGCAAGAAAGGUGCCAAGAGAGUCUCUGAAGAUAGCGGCGACGACGACGAUGAUGAGGACGAACGGCCAUCCAAAAAGAAGCCAAAACAGUCGAAGAGGGAAAGCAUACCGGAAUCGGAAUCCGAAGACUCCGACGAUGAUUCUGGGUUCGACGAUAAACCCGUUAAGAAGCAAAAGAAGUCGGAGAAGCAGACUCCCAAACCCGAGGAUGAUGACGACAUCGCGGAAGAGGACCAUGUUCCUGGGCGCUUUGUAAGAGUGCCAAAGUCCGAAGAAAGCGGUACUGAGCCGGAGAAAAAGAAAAGGAAGAAGCGUAAGAAUAAGGCGAAGAAAAAGGGGAACCCGACAUUGAACGGGAAGGACACGAGCAGUGAUUACUCGGGUGCUGAGUAUUUCAAAUGGACUGAACUGGGAGUGUCGGAACCGAUCGUGCGAGCUCUGGCCGAUAAAGGUUUCCAAACUCCGACGGAGAUCCAAACCCUCUCGCUGCCGGUCGCAAUCAUGGGCAAACGUGAUCUGCUGGGGGCGGCUGAGACCGGAAGUGGUAAAACGUUAGCCUUCGGUAUUCCCCUUUUGGAGGGCAUUAUGAAGCUCAAGGCGUCGGAACCGUAUCGAGUGCGAAAAUGCGAGAAUGCCUCCCCAAAAGAAGAAGAACAACGCGAGGGACACGAGAUGACACCUCCUCCGGAAGAACUGGAAUACUACCCGGAUCCGAGUAAUGGGGAUUCAUCCGUUAUGCUGCAACAGAACUUGGAGAAAGAGGAGGACCCCCAACUGGAUAAGCCUUUGUAUGCAUUGAUCCUAACUCCUACUCGAGAGUUGGCCGUCCAAAUCAACGAUCAUCUCAAAGCGAUAACCAAAUAUACGGACAUCAAGAUUGCAACGGUUUUCGGGGGUUUGGCAGCCGUCAAGCAGGAAAGGAUGCUGAAGAAAUGCCCAGAAAUUGUCAUUGCCACUCCCGGUCGGCUUUGGGAGUUGAUCCAGGCCCGAAAUCCACAUCUGUGCAAAGUUGAUGAAAUUCGUUUCCUGGUCAUCGACGAAACGGAUCGUAUGCUUGAGCGGGGCCAUUUCGAAGAGCUCAAACAGCUGCUGGAAAUGAUCAACAACAACGAAGAGGCAACCAAACUGCGACGGAAUUACAUCUUCUCGGCCACGUUGACAAUGGAUCACGACCUUCCGGAACACUUGGUAGCCAAAGCGAAAAAGAACAAAAAGAUUCACAUUACGAAGGAAACCACUGGUCAGAGGUUGAACAACCUGGUUCAGAUUAUCGGCAUGACGAAUCCGAAGGUUGUCGACAUUACGCAGCAGCACGGAACGGCUCAUACCCUGAUCGAAUCGAGAAUUCUGUGUAAGGCCGAACAGAAAGACUAUUAUCUGUACUACUUCCUGCAACGACAUCCCGGUCGGACGCUGGUGUUCUGCAAUUCUAUCGACUGCGUCAAACGGCUUGUAUCACUGUUCGGAUAUCUGAAUUGUGACCCGCUUAGUCUAUUCGGUAGCAUGCAGCAGCGUCAGCGAUUGAAAAACCUCGAACGGUUUACCCAGAACCCUGCAGCGCUCCUCAUAGCAACGGACGUUGCCGCACGUGGUUUGGACAUUCCGAACGUGGAUCACGUCAUUCACUACCAGGUUCCAAAAACCACCGAAAACUACGUCCAUCGUUCUGGACGAACCGCUCGUGCAAGCAAAGAGGGCAUCACGGUACUCUUGAUCGGAGCGAACGAGGUCAGUGAUUACGUCAAGCUCAACCAGUCGCUGGGCCGGACCGAAGAUCUGCCCAUGUAUCCCACUUCGGAACGAAUGAUGAAACAGAUCAAGGAACGGGUCAAUCUGGCGCGCGAUAUCGAGAAGACGGAUCUGCACCAGAGGAGAACCAACGACAGCCGCAGCUGGGAGGACAAGGUGGCGAAGGAGUUCCAAAGCGACUCGGAUCUAGACAGCGAACAAGAGGAAGAACGUAAGCUGGCCAAGAGUAGGGAGAAACGGCAGAUGAAGGCGAGGCGAUUCGAGCUGAGUCGGAUGCUGGCCACACCGAUCGUGAUGGACCGGAUCGAAAUGAAGUUCCCCACAUCAUCCGUAUCCGUUGAGCUACCGUCGGAAAAAGAACGCUCCGCAAUCAAGCUGGUCAAACAGGUAGUCGAAGAGAAUAUUCAGCUCAAAAAGCAGCGCAACAAAAAGAAGAAGUUAGAAUAAGACCAACACUAGAGAUCGCAUGUUUUUUCGCCUGAAACUGGAUUAAAAUAUUAUUGUUGUAGAAUAAAAUGGAUUUUCCGAAAGCAUUUUUAAGAAA